AUUGUUUGGUCUCAGAAGCCUUCUGGAGACGACUUGAAAAGUCUUAGCAUCCGAGAAAACAAGGUAAAUCUCUGGUUUUGAGAACGGCAAACAAGGUAAAUCUCUGGUUUUGAGAACAGCAAACGAUACUCAAGGACUAUGCAUGAAUGCUACAGGAUAUGGGUCGAACGAAGCUAGGUAAGAUUCAUUCUGACUGAGUAAUUUUGUUCGAAUUGACUUGUAACAGUUUCGGGUUGAUUUUGAUUUUAUAUCAUUUUUUUUAAGAAACACAUUGUUAUUGUUCGUUAAUAUCGUUAUAAACGACGCGCCAACAACAGAAGUCGUUAGGUGUCUGUAGUCAACGUAUAUCUUUGUCAUGUCUUAAAAGGGUUCAGAGAGUCUCCCGCCUUUCUAUCCUCUCUUCCACUCUUUUAUAUUUAGAAGACAACAAAAAAAAUCAAAACUUUUUCCUUAGAGAGAGAGAAAACACAGAGGAGGAAGAAGACGACGAUUGGUUGAAAAAAUUCAAAAACGCGACGACGACGACGCAAAACAAUGCCGAGCAAGCUGAAAAAGGCGAUUGGAGCGGUUAAAGACCAAACGAGCAUCAGCCUCGCCAAAGUCACCAACGGAGCCAACAGAAGCCGCGGCGGCGACCUCACCACCCUCGAAGUCGCCAUCCUCAAAGCUACAAGCCACGACGAGGACGUCCCGAUCGACGACCGUCUCGUCUCCGACAUCCUCUCAAUCAUAUCCUCCAAAAAAUCCCACGCCCCCGCCUGCGCCGCCGCGAUCGGCCGCCGCAUCGGGCGGACGCGGAGCUGGAUCGUCGCGCUAAAAUCCCUAGUCCUCGUCCUCAGGAUCUUCCAAGACGGAGACCCUUACUUCCCCCGCGAAGUCCUCCACGCCAUGAAACGCGGCGCGAAAAUCCUCAACCUCUCCACCUUCCGCGACGACUCGAACUCGCGACCUUGGGAUUACACAGCCUUCGUGCGCACGUACGCGCUAUACCUCGACGAGAGACUCGACUGCUUCUUAACCGGGAAGCUACAGAGACGGUACACUACUAAUAACAAGAACCAAACCGGAAUUAGAUCCCGGUUUAAUCCGAGAAUUAGAAAUAAAACCGACGAACCGGCCGUUAGAGAUAUGAAACCGGCGACGCUCCUCGACAAAAUCACGUACUGGCAGAGACUGCUAGACCGAGCCAUCGCGACGCGUCCCACGGGGGACGCGAAGGCGAACAAGCUCGUGAAGACGUCUCUCUACGCGGUUGCGCAGGAGAGCUUCGAUCUCUACAGAGACAUCUCCGACGGUUUGGCUCUCCUCCUCGACAGCUUCUUCCACCUUCCGUACAAAUCUUGCAUCCACGCGUUUCAAGCCUCCGUCAGAGCUUCAAAGCAGUUCGAGGAGGUUAUUGGAUUCUAUGAUCUUUGUAAAGCCAACGGCGUGGGGCGCACGUCUGAGUAUCCGAGCGUUCAGAAGAUCUCGAUGGAGCUUUUGGAGACGCUUCAGGAGUUUUUGAAAGAUCAGUCUUCGUUUCCGGGGAACAAUGCUGGGAUGUAUCCUUCGCCGAAUAGUCUUCUUCUUCCUCCUCCUCCUUCGACGGUUUCGAGCUCGUUGUCGGAGAGGUGUUGUUCGGAUUACGGGUCGUUUCGGGAGGAUGCGGGGACUAGUAGUCCUUCGAUGUCUUGUCGUUCAGAGCCUUACGGAGGAGGAGGAGGAAGAGAGGAUCUUAGUGGGAAUAGCUUCGAUACGGUUUCGACUAAGUCUCUUCCUAAUACUCCCUCCAGUGUCACAUUAAAGAUGUUGGAUGACAAGGAGAGGAAGAAGAAGAAGCAAGAGGAAGCUUCUGAUCCUUGGGAGGCUUUGAUGUUGAGAGAUGAACCGAGGAAGAACAUUGAAACGAUUCCCGAAGAGCCUUCAACAACCUCUGAGAGGCAGAGAGACUCUGGGAACUGGUUGCUUGCGCUGGAAGAAACUGUUACUACGCAAGUAGAAGAUACUAACUCCAUGGCGAUAGUACCGUUCGGGUUAGAUGAUCACAUGCCUGCGUUUCAAGCCACCAUGGAGCAACACAAUCCAUUCCUGGUAGAACCAGCUCAGCCCGUAGCUAAGAGUGGAGAAUUGAUGAGUACCGCGUUCAGUGCCUUGGCUGUUACGGAGUUUCAGGGAAACGUUCCUGACGAUUUUGUGCCCUCGUCUGCGCCGACUUUCAAGGCCACAGGGAGUUUACCCGGCAAGUGUGAGCCAUUUGCAACAUUUGAGAGUUUUGGGUUGGGAGAGAGUGUUUCAGAAAAUGGAGGGGUACAUGAGCAAUCUGUGUUGCAAGAACAGCAGUUAUGGUUGCAGAAUCAAAACAAGAUCAUAUCUAAGCAUUUGAAUUGAUAUGAUCUUAAGUUUGGCUAGUCAGAGAUUGAAAUGUUUUUUUUCUUUUCUUUUGGUACAUUGUAUACUGAACUCUAAUUGAUUUUGUCACAACUAGGAGAAAAGUGAAUUAUAUAACAAUUGUAUCACACCAUCGCCAAGCCGCUCUGGUCCAAAGGCUUUGUCUAACGACAAACCUGAUGUGAGGAAGGAAAUGACAAAGACUGAGAAACCAGAGAAUGAUUCUAAACAAUUGAAUAGCUCCCAAAGGAAGGAGAUUUCUGAGAAUUCGUCAUCACCAUGAUCAUAAUUCAUGAUCACAGCCUCCAGAAUCAUCACCAAUAUGGCUGAAUCUCCCCUCUCAGGCUUCCAAAGAUCUCAAUGAUCCCUUUCUCUGCAAUUUUUGUUAACGUUUGUGGAUGAGGAGUGGAGGUGGAAGUGUUUCUCACUUUUGUUUUGGAUUUUCUUUUGGCUGUGGAUGAAUUGAAAACAAUAUAGGACUAAACCAGUGGUGCCUCUCAAUCUUCUCUUUUGGUUUUUCUGAAUCUCUUAAUAAACUUUACAUGUGAUAAUCACCACAGCUAUUAUUAAUUGACAAAAACCUAAGGUGUCAAAAUGAACUAUAACUCAUAAGCUAUAGUUCAAAUGGCUCGGCUUAGCUAAACUUUUCAUGAUCACGAACUCUAUUUUUAGGCGUAUUUAAAAAAUGAAUUUAAUGAUAAACUUAAAUGAUAUUACGAAUUAUAUGAACGAUCUUCAAUGAAUAUGAACCAACUCAUGAGUUUGGUCACAUAUAUUUAUAUAUAAAAUUAUAUAUAUAUAAUAUACAUAUAUAUAUUGGAUAAUUUCUAUUUUUCUUAUGUUAAAAAAAUAAUUUAUGGAUUAAUCAUAUUUAUCUUCUAAAAUUAAAAUGCAAAACCAAUUUUUAAAUAUAUAUAGUAAAUGUAAAUAAAUUAUAUCACUCAUCAUAUCAUAUAAAAAUAUUUCUUUAAUAUUAAUAUUUUGUUUUUUAAUAUUUAUUUUUUGAAUAAUAUUAUAUAAAUUAUUUUAAUAUUUUAUUUUAUUUUAUAAUUACCUUACACUUAUUACUUUUAUAUCAGAUAUCGAGUUAACUUAUUUAACUAAUGAUCUAAAUGAUCUAAGUUCGAGUUUACAUAUUGAAGCUCAUAUAAAAAUUGAGCAGAGCUGAGUUAGUUCACGAAAGAUUCAAGUUCAUAAUAAGCUGAGCUCACUUAAGCUAACUAGUUCAUUUUGACACCCUUACAAAAAGCCAUAAAUACACAAAAU